GCACCUUUUACAGAGCAUAUCGCAUUCCGCGAUAGCUUUCAGCUUCAAGGCUCUAAUUUAUCAACUUCCCAUCAACGCCACCUUUGCGCCUUGCCCACGCAUCAUAUACACUCAGCCCCUCGCUUAUCGUCUUGGUUACCACUUUAAAGUCCAUAUAGAGCCUUAGCGGGUGCAUCUUCCAGGUCCAUCUAACACGCAAAAGGCCGCCUGCAAUGGCCGGCGUUGACCAAGAUCCUCUUUUGCUGCUGCGGCAGUCAAUCGCGUCGGGAGGCGCGAUUCUGCCCACCACCGUCGCCGAGCCGUCGCCAUCGGCACCCGAAGCAAGCCUAUCGAGCGCAACCCAUCUUCAAUUUAGCCACCCGAAACCAGUCUCGCUGCCCAUAGCCGCCCCGACGCGCUUCGUCAGCAACGACAGGCCCGUGGACCUCCGCAGCAUCUACUUUGCCUGGCUGAACCGCGAGGUCGCCAUCCCGGACUACAAUGCCUCGGCAUCCAAACUCAAUGACGAGCUGGCCCAGUCCUCCACGCCCACGGCGACUGUGCACAAGUUUGCCUUUGUAGAGCGUCUCGACCUGAUUACUUGGCUCGAGGGCGCCAGCGAGGAGAGUGAACACAUCCAGCCCCUGGCCGGGGAGAAGGACGCCGCGGCCAGUGCAGCGGCAGGUGCGGCGGCCAAUGGAGGAGCUGCCGCCCCUGCUGCUGCUUCAGCGAGGGCAGGGAGGGGGACCAUGGACCCCAGGCUUGCGGUUGUUUACAGUGGUGAGCGAAGGAUGGGUGACCACAACACGGCACUGAGGGGAAUAAAGCCAACUGACUUUUCUCAUGUUCGCAAGCUCGCGGCGCCCUUUAUGAACAAGAAGUCACAAAACCCAUCGGCAAACAUCCCUAGAAACCCGUCCCUGCCCCUGAAUCAGAAACCGCAGCGCAGGCCUGAUCCCAUCAUCCUUCUCUCCCCAUCAAUGUCAUCACUCCUCCGAAUAUCCAACAUCAAAUCCUUCCUCGAGGGAGGUCGCUACGUGCCGGCAGAUAAUAGCUCGACGGCAUCUAUGCUACACAUCUCUAGGGUCAUGAAGGAGAUUGACCCUGCGCGGCCAAUGCGUUUUAUCCUGGUCGAGGGCCCGGAGCAGUUCAAGCCCGAAUACUGGAACCGCGUGGUGGCGGUGUUCACGACGGGUCAAACGUGGCAGUUCAAGAACUACAAGUGGCCGCAGCCGCAGGAGCUGUUCCGACACGUGAUUGGAAUCUACGUCGGUUGGAGGGGCUCUCCGCCGCCCGAGACGGUCCGCAGCUGGGGUCAUCGGGUGCAGGCCUAUGGGCUGGACAAGUGGCGCGACCCGGUCGCUGCGGCAAGUUUCGGCAACCAGGUUGAUAGCAGCCGGUUCAGGGACAGAGAGGUUGUUGAAAGCAUCUGGAAGAGCAUAGAAGGCAACAUGAGGUCCAAGGGCUGGAAGAGAGAUGCUGGGCCGACGGCAAUUUGAGAGAUUGUUUUUUGAGUUGAGUUACCCAAUUUGCGACAGGGGGGAGAACACUCGACUAUCAGGCCUGGCUCCAUUACGACUAGCUCAGCGUUCUUUACAGGCACGUCAAGGUCAUAUAGAACUUGAAAAUCCGUUCUCCGGCCUGCGUGAUAUGUACCUAGGGAGAAUGAUACCACAUUUACAACCUGCCAAAGGCUACACCGCUGAGAUUGGGAAGAUUAUCAGGAAUUGGCGUUUAUGGUGUGUUGCUUUUUCCAAAAGUGUGUAAUAUGAAAGCCAGGCGCCGGGAAGGCAUUUAUGUAUAUACCAAAAGGACGGUCACAAUACAAUGGAAUUCAUUCAUGUGAGGAGUGCCUUGAAUUUGUUCAUUUUUCUCAAUUUCA